CAAUGAACUUGAUAUCCAGUCGAUGAAGAUUUCUGAUACUUUGCUUAGUCGUCAUGAUGAACUACAAUCUCAGGGUCAAUCAAAUUUGCGUUCAUUUAACAGUGAUUCCUAUUCUCGUGUAAAUAUGAAAGGUGUUUCAACGACGAAUUACAAAGCAAAUCACAAAGGUGAGAUGAAGUUUGGUAAAUGUUUAUCAUGUGGAAAGUUUCAUGCUCGCAAUCCAUGUGUAUUUCGUAAUGCUGAAUGUUUUAAAUGUGGUAAGGUAGGACACAUUCAGUCAGUAUGCAAAGCUAUUGUCCAUUUUGCUUCAAGCUGUACUAAAUCUUGUAAUUUAAAUUUAAAUAAUUCGGAUGUUUCUAAUGAUCAUUUAUCUUUAUCAACGAUUUCAAAAGACAGUGCAGAGUCAUAUGACAGUUCAGAGUUAGAUGAAAUCCAGAAUUCUUGUGAGACAACAGUUCCUAAUCAACCGAUUUAUCAGAAUUCUCAUGCUAUUGUACCAGGUAUGACUUUUCCUAAUGAUUCACAUAUUUCUAAUGAAAUUACUUGCAAUAUUGAGGAAAAUAUGUUAAAUGAACCUAAUCAUGAUCGGAAACCUGAUGUGGUUUGGAUAGAUGCUGGUUUUUCUAACGAUCCUACGCUCUGCACUGACAGUCCUAAUGAAUUUCAUGAGAAUAUUUCAGAAGAAUCAAAUCUUGAUGUCAUAUCAUAUAUUACCUCUCCUCAUAAUGCAUUCGAUCCUUGUGAAAAACCUGCUCAAUGCGAAGCACGAGUACUAAGUGACCUCGAGUUUGAUUACAUUUCGGAUGAUUUCAUAUCAACUGCUGUUUACCAUUAUCACAAAAACAGUUCUAAUGUUUACUCUAAACAAUGUGAGAAAUAUGUUUUAAAUGAAGCCACAUUAUUCAUAACCUGGGGAUAUAAAGAUCCAACAUUAUUUCGUGGGGGAGGAUAGUGUUGAAAAAUCUAUGGUUCGGAUUCUAGAUAUUAAUGAUUUCAUUACAAAACCGACAUGCUGGUUGUAUACAAUUCCAGGUGAGUCUGUUCCGAUUUCGUUUGUUAAUUCCAAUACUAAUGAGCACUUUCUAGAUACUACAAAGUUUUUAUCUUACACAAUGUCGGACAGACUCAGGAUGAACUUAACAAGAAGACGUACAACCGAUUACAAACACUUAUACUUCUAUUUAAGCUGUGGCGGAUGUGGUGUUUGAAUGGACUAAUGAUACCUUUGUACUGGUUGAAUGUUUGAUUUCGAAUUCUAAAUACAGUGCAUUCGUUGUGCCUGUGUCUUCUUAAUUCAAUUGCGUUAAUCCUGGAAUUCCUAAUUCAUACGACAAUUAGAAUACUAUACCUUGUCGUCUUAUUACUAUUUAUUUCCACUUUGUUAGUCACGGUACUGAUUACAUAUUUUAAAAAUUUGCGUUUAUUUUCAUCUCAUUAUUCAAUUGUUGAGAUUAUGGACUUUUCGUAUUCUAAGACUGUGGAAUAUGAACAUUUCGUCAUACCAUUUUAUGCCAAGCAACCAAUAGAAUCCUAACUUACUGGGUGAACCCGGUUUCCAACCGGUUGGUAACAGUGAUUCUCAACAGUAACAUUUUUAAUUUCAGCGUUAUUAUUUUUAUUCAUUACUGUAUAUUUCUUUACAUGCAAACAUUACCGUCUUAUCCGUGUUCUACCACAAAUAUUUUUUAACGAACUUUCAAAUCUGCCCACAGGCUAUCCUUUCAAACUCCGAUGAAUCCAGUUUCACAGAAUUUUAUAGUUGUUUUAUCAUCAGUUUGAUAUUUCCCUUCUUGUGUUACGUCAUGGAUUUCAUUGAAAAAAACAUAUAAAUCCAAAGUUUAAGAAUGUCAUGCAAAACAACUCAACAAAAGUUGAUGCCGUGAACUUUUUGAGCUAACUUCAGAUGUUCAUCACCUAACCUGUUUUGCUUAAGCUGAAAUUCAGUUCAGUUAUUGAAAAAUCCCCUUACGAACCUCGAACUAUUUUUCUGAACUGAUUUUUACCGUCAGAGGUAACUGCUGAAGUUUAUGGUGUGAAUAACAAUGCCCAAUUGACCGAUAUAUGAUAUUGCAGAGGCCAAAUUAGUUUUAAUGGAUACAUCUAGUGAAGGCGCUCGACCACGCAUCCGCACCAUAUCAUUAGGAGUUACUCCGUGCUACGCAUCUCCUACAACAGUUAGCCAGCUUAGAUAAAACGCUUCUAGAGGAACCUAUUGCCUUUCACAUAUAACUUUGAACCUCUUCACUUCUGAUAUGACUGGGGUGGCAUAUCCCUAUUUAAAAGGUGCUACUGUCAAAUGUAUUGUCAAACUCCGAAUACUUCUGAUACUUUCGAGCCCGAUGUGAUUUGGUACACCAGUUCGCAAACUAUAUUGUGAUAUCGUUCUCGAAUAUUCUUCUCGUUCAUCACUGCAGAACAGACGCCUAAGCUGCUUAAGACAAAGACGUUUUUGCCUCCCUCAUAUCAGCGACUGCCGACUGGUCCGAUAAUACGGGUCUUGGUCCUGCUACACAGAAGCUGACUUCAGUAAGCACGGUCUAACAGACCCCGUUCACAAUUCCUCACAGUGGUGACAACAGUAUCACGCGUUUUUAACAGGUACUUCACAUUUAGUAUGUUUGUUGGUGAUGUCGCGGAACCUUACGAAACUUUUAAAAAGCUAUCUUUAAAUGUGAAGAUCUAACCGAACGACGAAGGCAAUACCAACUCUUCAACAACAUCGAACUGCAACAUGGAUUAGCAACAGAAACGUUACUAUGAGUGGGAAAGGUCGUUGGUCCACGGGCCUGCGUUAAACAGCUCUUCUUGCCUAGGCUUCUCCGACAGGUGCAGGCGGUACUUGUCUAAUCUUAAAGUACCGCUGUAGACGAACUGGCUGCAUUCGCCGACUGGAUUCUUGAAAUCACCGGUAAUUCCAGCGCCGACGUGUACCCAGUCAAAGAAAAACAUCAAAAGACACAAAAUGACGUCACAGACCUCUGUCAUACUCUGACACGUUGACCUAACAUCCGUCAUAACCGUAAACGAUCCAAAACGCCUCGAGGGCACUCAAGAAAGCGAUCUGCUUCUAGAUGACGGGAGACAGAUAACCUCGACUGGUGAUGGUAUCAUAAUAACUACAGAAAAUCUCAAACUUGCAGAAAAACCUGAAAUUUACCGAGCUCCAGACAGUCUGACACGGAAAACGUUUAGGGCAACUUCCCAGCCGACACGCUUUAACGGCAACCGUUUCCGGUGAGCACAACUGCCUGUUAUACAUCACUGGUGUGGUAAAGAAAAACCGCUACCCCGUCGACGCUAGCGCAGGAGUCAGCGUUCUACUGGCAGACUUUAACGAUCGACUGCACGAAUCAGUUUCCAACUUACGGGUGGCAAACGAGAAACUAGUCACCACAUAUGGUAAGUGGUAUGUGUCUUAACGUGAGUUUACACAAAACCGAUUCACUGGAUUUUAGUUUUUCUGUCCUAAUCAUUGGCAUGGACCUGCUACAACACUUUAAUAUAAUUAUCGACACACACAGACGGAGGUUAGUAGAUGAAAAUAUUAAUCUGUUUGCUUAACAUCAUUUUCCGGCUGUAGAUUGUCCCCAGUCACAGUAAGGCACAUGACUAGUCCAUACUACCAAUAAAUUUUUGAUAAGUACUCCGAGGUAUGCCUAAAACGCGAUCAAUUUGCCUCCUGAAAAGAAAAGUGACAAACAAUCUGGAUUGUUUCACACGAUGUCCAGAAACAAUACCCAUCAAGUACAUUACUGCCGAAACAGUCGUCCGCCUUUCUGUCAAACGAUGGGUUGCAAACUUCGGCUGCCCUUCAACUAUCUCUACAGACCUUGGACCUUGGAUCAAAGCAUGUGAACAGGUAGAUAACUCUCGAGGGAGAGCGACCUGUCGAUGUUGUAUUCGAGUUGACACCGGAGAUAGUGUUAGCAUAAAUUCAGACAGACGAUGAACGUAGUCUGAUUUAUCGAGAUCGUCACUCCUCCGUGGUGUGAAAAAUUUAUCAGGCAGACGCAAUGUCGGGCCGUAUACAAGUUCAGUGGCGGAACAUCCAAUAUCUGCCUUUGAGCUCGUUCUGAUACCUAAGAGAACGAGCGGUAAGGUUUCGUGUUAAUUUUUGUUUUCGUGUGUUCGAAGGGCAUUUUUAAGUUGGCAAUGAAACCGUUCAACUAAGCUAUUUGAUGCUGGGUGGUAGGCGGCAGUGCAUAUACGUUCCAUACCAAGCAGCCGGGUCAGUAAGGAGAAUAGUCAACUGGGGAAAUUUCUCGAAUUAAGCGUGGAAUAUACAUUUCUAGCAUCUUGAAAAGAACAGUUCGGCAUUCUUAACAGCUCACAUUACAGACCUGCAAUUAAUCGAUCCCACAGCUGCACAUGAAGAUCAUCACCGAAAUUGAAUAUGGCAGCUUGGUUUUGCAAUUCAAGGAUGAAUUCCCCAAAUUUUUGGUUAUUCUGACGAAUCAUUUUAUAAAAUUUCUCUCUCACGACAUCUAAAACUGGUGCACUUUACGUGAGUUAGUAGUAGUUCCUUAUUAAUGAGAUAGGCUUUUCUGGAUAUGCCAACGUUUUCAAUAAACUGUAGGCUUCUUUCCCGAUGAAUGUAAGGGAACGAGACACAAUUUUAUCACUCUUCACAUCUUUCUUAGUCAUGCUCCAGAUUUCAAACCUUUCCAAAUAAUCCUCAAAACAUUCAAAGUUGAAUGAAUGUCUAACUGUUCCAUCACAGGCUCCAUCGCGACGCCAAUAUGAUGAUUAGGAAUAUUCGAAUCAUGAAACAAACUGGGAAUCUCAGAAAUAACGCAAUUUAACCAAGAAGUGCUUGAAGAUGGCACAGGUAUUCAGUGUUUGACAACGCUUUUACCAGCAACACCUAAUAUAAUUCGUACCCACCAAGAGAAAUCAAAAGACAGAGUCGAGGAGAUCGGAAGAGUGUAUUUGGCAAUAACCAAUAUAUCGGAAUUCACUGAUCUAAUCUGGCUAGCGAUUGCAGUAGAUGUUGAGCACAGUGUUACCACACGCGAUCUGGUGCGGAUGCAUGACUGAGAGCUUUCAGCUAGAUGAGUCCACUAAAACAUGGUCAGCAUCCAAUGUUGGAGACUUACAGAGCUAUUUAUUUUGGGGAUUUAUUUACCGCUACAGAUCACUCCCCCCCUAGUGGGGUAGUGAUGACCCUAAGACAUGGCCAGCCAGAAGUUUAAACCCAAAGAGUUUGUCGUUGGUAAACACUCUUCUGAUAGCUUGCUAGAUUUAGUAGCGUCUGGUCGUCUUUCCUUACUAUAUGGGACCGAGGUACAACAUAGUAAAGAAAGAAAAAAGUACAAUGAAAAUUUCCACUCCUCGUAAACUGCAUCGUUCUUUUCCAGCCGUCCUGGAAAAGAAAAUGUAAGCGCAUGUUGAAAUACACUCGUGUGUGCGUAAAAACACAGUGUCGGCGAAAAAAAAUGGAGAAUAAACUCAAGCACACGUAAUAG